ACUAACCUAUUGAGUUCGCGCGCUAUCGAUGUUCGCGCCACGAAUUUGUUUUGAAAAAGUAGCACGAUUGCGAGCUACACGUCAGCUACAGCAAUCCGCCGCCAGAGAUACGGGCGGCCGGGCUGACUGGUCUACGCAUGCAAGGUCUGUUAUGCCAAAGCGUAGUCACCGGCUGGAGCAUGGAGUUGGAUAUGGAAGUGACAACUCUCUUCAUUUUUAUCUAGGCCCUAACAUUAACCGUUCAAAGCAUUAAUUUGUUAUUAAUCGCACUCAGCACUACAGCGGGGAAGUCUGCAGUUGACAAGAAAAGAGUGAAUGCAUGCUGAUACCUAUCACCUCUAAAGAGCAAUGAUCGGGAUGGCCAAGUCUACUCCCAAAACAGCCAGCAAAGUCUCUUCGAGCAAAACCAAGGACCUGUCACCAUCCAAAGUUUUAGCCAUUGUUGCUAAUUGGAAUAACGCAGAAUCACCAGAAAAAUCCCCUUUAAAACGGUCUGGUCGGAAACGUCCCCGAGAUGAACAGCUCUCGGCGUCUGUUCCUCGCAGCCGGCGUCAACGGAAGACUUUUCGCAAAGACUACCUAUCCCAGUCUUCGGAAGAUGAUGAACUACCAAGCUUCAAGGCAACAUCGUUUUACCACGUCCAAAGAGCCGUCAAUGAAAACCAAAAAGACUGCACCGCCUACCAAAUCAUCAGCCACCAAGCCCCAUCAAAAUCAAAAGGCGACGACCAUCAAGGAGAAGCUUGAUCCGUCUGCUAAUGAGAAAACUGCCCGUGGGUUGGACUUUGGGACUGGCGUGGUCAAUAGGCAGGAUGUAGCUCCAUUGCGUAAAGACCCUGAUGAGCGAAAGGAAGCUGAUGGGUGCAACAAGAAGAGCCACCUUAAGGAUAACCUAAUGGACUUCCUGGUAUUUAACGAUGAGGAUUUUAAAGAUGACAAUAGGGACACAGAGGACUUUGUCCAAAACCUUCUAUUGGAAAUUGACAAUGACCUUGAUGAAGCUGAGAACAUCUUGAAAAGGUCGCCCCGGAAACGCAAGAUGAAGACGGAUAAAGAGUGUUUGGUUUCUUCCCCAUCCCCUGGAAAAUCUCCAAGAAGACAAACUCCAAACAGACGGAGAAUGAGCUCAACGCCAAUAUCCUCAAAGAAAUCCUCGCAGCCUCGUCUUGAUGGUUGGCUGAGCAAGAUAGAUGCCCCGCUCACAAGCACUCGUAGCCCGAGGAAGAAAUCUGUGCUGCAGAGGUCAGAUGUCAAAGGUCAAGUCAUGGACAUCCUGACUCCAGAUUCUACCAAUGUGUCUCCUCCAAAAGUAUCGCCUAACAAGCCUACCAAACUCUACCCGGUCUUCACCCCUCCUACCAGCCCUCAUCUAAACACGACACCCACUUCAAGAAAGAAGCAGAGCAAUGUAGGAAAGCUGAAAUCGCCAAAGGUACAUGUACAAGAAAGAUCACCUUUGACUAAAUCGCUGAAAAGCAAGACAGAUAACCUGGAACAAACCACUCUGGAUCUUGGUCAGAAGCGUUACGGCGCAGUGACCUGCGCGACCUGUGGGACUGUUUACACAGCUGCACACCCCGAAGAUGAAACGGAUCAUGCCAGGUUUCACAAAAAAUACCUCAGCAGUAUCAAGUUUCCAGGUUGGAAACAAGAGGAAGUGCUGGAAUCCUUUCAUGACGGCCGAAUCCUCGUCGUUACCCAUGAAUCUCCAUACUAUGCUGAGAAGAAGGUAGAUGAGAUACGGGAGUUGGUCGACAGGGAGCUAGGAUUUAUGCAAGCUAAUAAUAUCGUCAGCAAGGAUUUGUGCAAGACCUAUCUGUUUAUUACAUUGGAUAAGAAAGUUGGAGGCUGUCUCAUAGCUGAACAGAUAUCAAAGGGCUAUCGAGUGAUAGUUGAUGAUCAUAAACCUGACGGAAAUGAUUCUCAGAAAGCUUGGUGCUGUGAGAUUGAGUCGGAGCCCGCCCUCUGUGGUAUUAGCCGUAUAUGGGUCCCUAUGCAAUGCAGGAGGAAAAGAAUCGCUUCUAGAAUGGUAGACUGUAUGAGGAAAAACUUCAUGUUUGGAACAGUGCUGUCCCCUGAUGAUAUCGCCUUCUCAGAUCCUACCCCUGAUGGCAAGGUCUUCGCUACCACGUACACCGGAACACCAAGAUUCCUGGUUUAUAAGUAUCACUGAUCCUUCAAGGACUGCUCUGCAAACCAGUGGUCAAAGAUGUUUGUUACCACGUACACCAGAUCACCAAGAUUCCUGGUUUAUAAGUAUCACUGAUUCUUCAAGGACUGUUCUUCAAACCAGUGGUCAAAGAUGUUUGUUACCACGUACACCGGGUGAGCAUUUCAUGAAAGAACUUGUCAGACCGUUUAUCCGACAAGUCCCAUUUUAUCCGACAGUCACCAUAGUAACAGUGCUUCUCAGCCAAUCAAAAUCCAGAAAAUUUGUCGGAUCUGACAACUUGUCGGACAAAAACGUUGAUGAAACGCUCCCCGGAUCACCAAGAUUCUUGGUCUAUAAGUGUCAACGAUUUUCAAAGACUGUUCUUCAAGCUAGUAUCCAAACCUCUUUGCUACUUGUAGUAAUGUCCAAGUGUACUGGAAUAUCAAGAGUCCCAGUCUAUAAGUAUAAAAAAAUUUCAAAGACUGUUUUUCAAACCAGUAGCCAGACAUCUGUGCUACAUGCACCAAGGUCCAAGUACACAGGAACACCAAGAUUCCUGGUUUAUAAGUAUCACUGAUCCUUCAAGGACUGUUCUGCAAGCCAGUGGCAAAAGAUCUUUGCUACAUGUACCAAGAACACCGGAACACCAAGAUUCCUGGUCUAUGUCGGAAGUACCAGUGAUUCAUCUUUAAGAACUGCUAUUCGAGCCAGUGGCCAAAGAUUUCAUUCCGUCAUCAAGAAAUUGUUAUCAGGUGCGCAGUAAACUUUGAUUCGUCUCAUUCUUACCUUGGCACCGAGAAAUUGGCUAAGUUAAUCUGUAAUGUCCUGAAUAAAGAGGAUAUUUCACAAUGUUUGACAAAAUAUCACUCUUAAAUUCAUGGGAUUACUGUUUUUUCAUCCUUAUGACCUGUUUUAUCAGUAUUAUUGGCAUAUAAAUUUUGUUCAUACUGUACGUACAAACACUGGAUUUUAUUUGAACUCAAUUUGAGAUCGUUACCACAAUUAGUAUCUAUAACAGACACUCCUAGGCAAAGUAUCACAGAGGGAUGAACUUGAUCUUUAAUUCCUUGCUAAAGACUAAAAUUUAUUUUCACAGUACUUUUUCCAAGCAGUAGUGAAUCAUGUUCCCACAUGGUGGCAAUAUUCAGUUUGAUUGCUUUUCAGCUUUAAUAGAUUUAUGUGUUUCACAAAGUUAGAUCCUGUACGAUAUGGGAAAAGUUCAACCUUGGAUUUUAAAAUGACUUUCUUGUAAAAUUGUUGUUUGCUACAAAAACUGAAGUUGAGCUUUAAAUGGUUGACAGUGAAUGAUAGUAACAUUCAAUCUUGUUUGCCCUUUCUAACCUUCAUGUACAUUGUGUUCAAUAAUAUACAUUUUGCACAGUAUUGUUGAUAAUGAUUUCUUCAACAAAAUUCAUUUCUAUAAUAAGAAUAGUUACAUGUCUAAAUAAUAGUAUACAAGUUGUUAGCUAGUCUACUGGGCAAACCCUUUACUCGAGUUAACCCUAAAGAUGGCCCCCCCCCCCCUUGACGCUUCGCGCGAUAUUUCAUAAACGCAAAAAGAUGGCACCGCAAAAUUUUAUGACUUUUUUUAAAGCCUCGCAUAACUUUUGAGACCAAAUUCGUGACAUAUGGGUAUGGCCUCGCGUCGCCACAACAUCAUGCCGAAAAUGGCUAAUUUUUAUACUUCGUGUACAAAGUCUAUGGUAGAUGAAAUUCAUAAAAGGGUGAUUAUUUUUUAUUCUAAUUGGUCUGCUUAAUUAUCUAGGGUUUAAUUUAGUUGUUAAAUGGUUUGUAAUAAUUUCUAUGGAAAAAAGAUAAUGAAAAACAAAGAAGUACAUAAGAAAUUCCAAAAACAAAGAAAUACAUAAGGAAAAAUUGGCUUUUGCAAUUUUUCUUUGUGGAAACCUUUAAAUUAGAUUACAAAGAUGACAUCUGGAACAAAAAGAAGAAAAUUUGAAGUGAAAUUGGGUGUUAGAUUUGCAAAUAAUUAUUUUCAGAAUUUUGUUUUAUACUGGCUUGUAGUUUAUGUGGUAGAGAAUGUGCGUGCCAAAUUUCGGCGUGAUCGUGCAAACUACGGCGGAGAUCAAAAUGGGGGGGGGGGGCAGGAUGCCCCCCAGUCUUCAAUACAUCUCAAAUACAUGUAGCUCAGUCCUUAUAGGGUUAAUGGGUUUGACUGCUCCACCUAAAACGGCUUGUGUCCAGCAAGUUUUAUAGUCUAAGACCCACUUGUUGAUCAAAGUUCAAUCAGGGUAUAUGCCUGCAGACUAGUUAUUUGCAGUAAAAAUAAUAGUUCUUAUUAAAUCUAUUCAUCUAGGUUCCCCACAUCACAGUUAUUAGUUUGCAACAAAGGGGAUGAUCCCUGUCUCUUAAGUAUUAUGCAAGAUUUGUUAUACUAGUUGCCCGUCCAGUUCUUGCAAUAACUUGUAUACAGCUCGACCAAUACAAAUAUAAGUUAUGAAUCUAAUUCGAAUAAUAUCCAGCAACUUUUCGAUGAAAAUCAUCCGUCUUCAUUAAGUACAUGUAGUAGAAGAAGUCUCCCCAGGGAUUUCAGAAGCCUCCCGGUUGUCAUGUGAUCCACUCUAAUCCAGGCGUUUGUAUGUAAUUUCGCGCAAAUUGCAGCUUCAUUGCGUUGUCACUCAUUUACAUUAAUCCUGAGAAAUUUAAAUCAACCUCAUUGUUCUUAAUGCCAUGCAUCAAUCAUAAUUACAUGUAUGUUUGUCUUUC